CCAAAGGUACCGAGUCCCAGCCCGAACAACGGAAGAGAAUUAUUCCUAGAGUGGCAGACUUACCACCUUACUGUCGCAGAAUAUACGACGAAUAUAAAAAAUCUAAGAAGCAGUUGGAUUUUAUGAAAAGAGCCAAGAGGGCCAUGAAAUUUUCAAAAACACAAUGUUUUGAAAAAUUAGCUGCCAAUUUAAAUCCUUUGGCAAAAAAAAUGAUAUGGAUGCAAAUAACGCAAAGUAAUAAGAAACGAAAAGGCAGGCGUUUCACAGAUGAAGAAAAAAUGAUUUCGCUGGCAAUCAUGAAACAAAGUCCAAAGGGAUAUAGAUUUCUGCAGCAAAUAUUUAUUUUGCCCUCAAGAAAUACUUUGAACAAACUGACAUCAACUCUAAAUGUGCAGCCGGGGAUCAAUGUUCAAAUUUUUGAUGCAAUUAAGGAUCAGGUAAAAAACUGGACCGAAAACAAAAAAUACUGUUCCAUUAUUUUUGACGAAGUUAAACUUGAACCUGGAUUGGACUAUCAAAAAGGAAUGGACCACAUCAAUGGAUUUGUCCACCUCAAUAAGAAAACGAACAAUUUCGCAGAUCAUGCAUUAGCCUUUAUGGUGAGAGGUGCCAUACACAAGUGGCAACAGCCUGUGGCCUACUAUUUUUGUGAAGGAGCGACAAAAAAUGAAGAGUUACGGGUGAUAUUAAAAACGUUGAUUGGUGCCGUGAUAGACACGGGCCUGAUACCCGUUGCGGUUAUCUCCGAUCAGGGCCAAUCAUUCCAAUCAGCCUUGAAGGGCCUUAUGGAAGAAACACGCAGCGACCAGAUUAAAGCUGGAAAUCCGACUGAUGAUGUCAUAACACUCAAAGGGCACGAUAUAAAUGUUAUUUAUGAUCCACCUCAUCUAAUAAAGGGAAUUAGAAAUAACUUCUUAACAAAAAAUAUGAAAUUUGAAGGAAGCGUGUGCAAGUGGAGCGACAUCGUCGACGUAUACCAGACGGACUGUGAGCAUGCCGAGAGCCGGCUGCUACAUAAACUCAAUGACACACAUGUCAUUCCCGAUAAAAUUAAUAAAAUGAAGGUUAAGACUUGCACACGAGUCCUCAGCAACACCAUGGCGGCCGCCUUAUCGUAUACAUCUAAAUUUUCCCAUUACUCGGACGGCAGGAAAGUGAGUGACACGAUAAAAAAUACAUCAAAGGCGGUGUCAUUUUUUGACGAAUUAUUCGAUUCCUGCAACGGGGCCACACUUAAUGACAAAGAAGCAGGUGGCAAAUCUUUGAAGAAGGCGGAUCUCCGCUACCUCAUCAUCGUCCCUCCUCUUUCCUAUAUCGUCGAGCUGAUCAGAACGAGACGCAUAACCGCCUCGAUAUAUUCCGACAUGCCGCUGUACUGGUUAUAUUGA